CAGGGACUCUACAGACAUGUCGUACACUAGCUGAAGUCAACCUGCAAUUUGGCUCAACAUUUGAGCCAAAAAACUAUUCACAAUCGGCAGGGUUUUGUUGCAGAAAUAAUACACUAUAUUUUUCCCGUGGACUGAGCACGAAUUUGUAACCUUGGAUGGGAUUUUAGAUUUUUCUUCUCACUAAUGAACUGAGCUAGUAAUGCAGGAGACAGCGACUCUGUCAGGGGCUCAAGAUGGCAGAUUUUUACUGAGUUCUGAACAGAUAUCUCGCUUUAUUUUUUGCCAUGAAUAACAGAAGUCCUUGCACCGAUGGCCCCUGUAUACGAAGGUAUGGCCUCGCAAGUGCAAGUCUUGUCCCCUCACACUCUCCAGUCAAGUGCCUUCUUUAGCGUGAAGAAGCUGAAGGUGGAGCAGAGUUCAUACUGGGAUAUGACAGGGUACGGCACGCACAGCAAAGUCGUCUACAGUCAGAACAGCAAGCAGCAAGUGUCCCACGCCACCCCUCUUGGCAUCAACUCCUCUCUGCCCUACGAGCAGCCAGCGCUCAUCUUCCCGUCUAGCGCGGGGCACAUCGUGGUCGCCUCGGCCAGCAGUACCUCGGGCACCGCAGGGCCUCUGGGGCCUCUGUUGGGCUUGGCCGGUAGCAGUAGCGGCAGUGGAGGCGGAAGCGGAGGAGGAAGUGGUGGAGCCGUCCACAACCUGACCCGUCGCAGCACCGUCAGUCUGCUGGACACCUACCAGCGAUGCGGGCUUAAGCGCAAGAGUGAGGAGCUUGACAACAGCAACAGCAGCGUGACGAUCAUCGAGGAGCACGGCAGUGGCACAACGAUGAUCCAGAACGCAGCCAGCGGGGCCGCUGUGGCUACGGCCACGGCAACGGCCACAUCGACAGCCACCUCCAAGAACAGUGGUUCCAACAAUGAAGGGGACUACCAGUUGGUGCAGCACGAGGUGGUCUGCUCCAUGACCAACACCUACGAGGUGCUAGAGUUCUUAGGCAGAGGCACCUUCGGCCAGGUGGUCAAGUGCUGGAAGAGGGGCACCAACGAGAUUGUUGCCAUCAAGAUCCUGAAGAACCACCCGUCAUACGCGCGCCAGGGCCAGAUCGAGGUGAGCAUCCUGGCCCGGUUGAGCACGGAGAGUGCAGAUGACUACAACUUUGUGCGUGCCUAUGAGUGCUUCCAGCACAAAAACCACACGUGCCUGGUGUUCGAGAUGCUGGAGCAGAACCUGUACGACUUCCUCAAGCAGAACAAAUUCAGUCCACUGCCGUUGAAGUACAUCAGACCGGUCUUGCAGCAGGUGGCCACGGCCCUGAUGAAGCUCAAGAGCCUGGGCCUGAUUCACGCUGACCUGAAGCCGGAGAACAUCAUGUUGGUGGAUCCCUCCAGGCAGCCCUACCGCGUCAAGGUCAUCGACUUUGGCUCGGCCAGCCACGUGUCCAAAGCCGUGUGCUCCACCUACCUGCAGUCCAGAUACUACAGAGCUCCAGAGAUCAUCCUGGGUCUGCCGUUCUGUGAGGCCAUCGACAUGUGGUCUCUGGGCUGUGUCAUCGCUGAGCUCUUCCUGGGCUGGCCCCUCUACCCAGGGGCCUCCGAGUACGACCAGAUCCGGUACAUCUCUCAGACACAGGGGCUGCCUGCGGAAUUCCUCCUGAGUGCAGGGACUAAGACUACCAGGUUCUUCAACCGAGUCACAGACUCUACCAACUACCCCCUGUGGAGACUGAAGACACCCGAGGACCAUGAAGGAGAGACAGCGAUCAAGUCGAAAGAGGCCCGGAAGUACAUCUUCAACUGCCUGGACGAUAUGGCGCAGGUUCAGAGCACUGUGAAUAUGACGGCAGAUCUGGAGGGUAGUGACAUGCUCGCGGAGAAGGCAGACAGGAGAGAGUUCAUCGACUUGUUGACCAAGAUGCUGACAAUCGACGCGGACAAAAGGAUCACCCCCAUCGAGACCCUCAAUCAUCCCUUCAUAACCAUGACCCACCUCCUCCCCCACAGCACACAUGUCAAGUCCUGCUUCCAGAACAUGGAUAUCUGUAAGCGUCGUGUGGGCAUGUACGACACGGUCAACCAGAGCAAGACCCCUUUCAUCACCCACGUGGCCCCCAACACCUCUACCAACCUCACCAUGACCUUCAACAACCAGCUCAACACUGUGCACAGCCAGGCCACCAACCUGGCUCCCUCCACCACCAGUGCCACCCUUUCCCUUGCCAACCCCGAAGUCUCCAUACUAAACUACCCAUCUGCACUCUACCAGCCGUCCGCAGCCUCCAUGGCUGCCGUGGCCCAAAGGAGCAUGCCCCUGCAGCCCGGGGCCCCUCAACUCUGUCCUGCCCGGCCUGACCCCUUCCAGCAGGCCCUCAUCGUCUGUCCACCAGGCUUCCAAGGGCUGCAGGCUUCCCCGUCCAAGCACACAGGCUACUCUGUGCGGAUGGAGAAUGCCGUUCCUAUAGUGACGCAGGCCCCCGGCGCUCAGCCGCUGCAGAUCCAGACAGGCCUGUUGACACAGCAGGCCUGGCCCAGUGGCACCCAGCAGAUACUCCUACCCCCGGCCUGGCAGCAGCUUACCCACACCUCGGUCCAGCACGCCACCGUCAUCCCAGACUCCAUGAUGGCCUCACAGCCCCUGGCUAACUGGAGGAAUUCUCACCAGCACAGUGGCCAUUACAAUCCCAUCAUGCAACAGCCGGCGCUGCUGACUGGCCACGUCACCCUACCAUCCAACCAGAACCAGCCUCUCAAUGUGGGCGUGGCCCAUGUGAUGAGGCAACCGUUGACCAAUAACAACAACUCUUCUUCCAAAAAGACCAAGCAGCAUCAGAUGACUGCCAGGAACGUGUCUGCAUACGAGGUGUCCUCCUCCCAGGCGGUACUGUCCCCACAGCGCUCCAAACGGGUGAAGGAAAACACCCCUCCACGCUGUGCUGUGCUCCAGAACCACGCCCCCUCCUCCAGUUCUGGCUGUGGACCCCCACAGGGUUGCGGAGGGUGGGGAGUGGGUGAAGCAGAGCAGGCUUCCAGCACCACCCAGGACCACCACCAGCACCACAACAGGCCGCGUCAGACCAUCAUCAUCCCUGAUACACCCAGCCCCGCUGUCAGUAUAAUCACCAUCAGCAGUGACACAGACGAGGAGGAUGAUCACAAGCAGAGCAACACCAACCAUACCAGCUUGUCCAAGCAUAGGAAGAACGUCAUCAGCUGUGUGACGGUACACGACUCCCCCGACUCGGACCUGUCCAGUAACAACAGUCCCUAUGCCGUAGAGUCCAGGCUGGCCAACAACAACGGCUACCAUGACUCCAAGACCACCUUGCUGGACAACUACAGCAACGGCAACAACCCCCGCACCAUCAUCAUCCCCCCUCUGAAGAGCCAGUCCAGCGAGGUGCUGAGCGAGUGUGAGCGCCUGAUGCCAGGUAUCUACACAGAUAUCUACACAGAUGCAAUGAAUCAUCAGAAUUCGGCGUAUAAGUUCAAAACCUCCAACGGCGUGGGCAUGAUGUCUGGCAACAACCACCUUUCGGGGGGUAUGGCUUACCGACAGCAGCGCUCGGGGCCACACCCCUUCCAGCAGCAGCAGCCUCUCAAUCUCAGCCAGGUAUGGAGAGAGAGCCAAGCCCAGCAGCACAUGGUAGCUGAGAGGAACGGAGGCCACCGGCGCCAGCAGGCUUACAUCACCCCGACCAUCGCAGCCCAGGCCCCCUACUCCUUCCAGCACCACAACAGCCCCUCUCACACUGCCAACGUGCACACCCACCUGGCUGCCACCCACCUGUCUGCCACCCACCUGUCUGCCACCCACCUGCCCGGCCAGCCUCACCUCUACACCUACACCGCCGCACCCGUCGCCCUGGGCUCCACGGGCACCGUGGCCCACCUGGUGGCAACUCAGGGCUCGGCCCGCCACACGGUCCAACACGCCACAUACCACACACCGGGCAUCGUCCACCAGGUGCCUGUCAGCAUGGGGCACGGUGUGCUGCCCUCGCCCACCCUCCACCACAGCCAGUACCAGGCCCAGUUUACCCACCAGACGUACAUCAGCGCCUCGCCUGCCUCCACUGUCUACACUGGAUACCCACUGAGCCCCACCAAGGUGAACCAGUACCCUUACCUCUAGAGCCAAGCCAACACACUGGAGACCCAGAACCCCCCCCAACCCCAACCCCAACCCCAACCCCAGCACUACUGAUGCUGCUCACCCCAUUUCCUUCCUCCCUAUCCCUACUCCACGGACAGAGAGAUAGAGAGACAUGCAUUCUUUAUGAAACUGUCACGUUUAACUUGAAGAUAUAACGACAGAGAGGAAAAGGGAAAUACACAGCCCCUCUAAGGGUAAGGAGGUGUGCAUUUUUUUCUCCAAAAGGGCCAGUUUUGCUUUGUUUUCUCUCUUGGUUUUAUUUUAUUUUUCUCAUUCUUUUAAAGCAAGGUCUUCGUGACAGGCGUUUGAGAGAGAUGGAGGGUUUCUGUUCUUCUAACACGGCUUUUUGUUUUGUCUUCUCCUCUUGAAUUGGGGGUCCCUCUCUGGAUGUUGGAAUUCCCACUGUGAGAAUUCCCAUGAGGAUUUGGGAAUGAAGGUGAAAUACGGAAACCUGCUGCUCUUCAAAGAAUUUUAAAAAAUAACGAUGGCCUUGAACUGUCUUAAACAUUUCCAAAUCAUUCAAGGUGUGGGAGAGAGAACGAAGCAACCUCCUUCUCCAACAGACAACCGGAGUCAGGAAUCUUCUGGAAAUAUAACCAACGAAAGACAAAAAAAACAUUAAAUGUAUUUAUAGCUAUUUUCCCUUCGAUUUUUCGUUCUCACCUUUUUGAGGAGACUUAUGUUAUAGGUAUAGGAGUCUUAGCCGGGCCCUGUUUUUAGAAUGUAGCAGUCUGCACCCAGAUUCUUUUAUCAAGAGCUUUUUCUGAUACCAAUAGAAUUUAUUUGUUUCUCUUUUUUCCAAUGUGAUUGCACAAAGUGGUUAUAAUAACAUAGGCAUGUACAACGUGAUUAUCUGUGUGUGCGUGUGCUACUGUCAGCCAUGUGUGUGUAGUCCACCUCCUCUUGCACCUUUGUGCUAUAAUUCUCUGAAUCCUCCGCAGUCUUAGGUUUGACCAUUGUUCCCUUGUAGUGCCUUACAGAUAUAACGACACAGUUUAUGUCGCUGGAACCUUGAGAACCAACAGACUAGCUGGAACUGGUUCCUUGGUUUGACAUGUUAUUGUCGGGGCAGUUUUUGAUUUCUCUUCCAGGUGUAGGCUUAGCCCCUAGCUCUGUUUCCUAUCCUUAUGACAGUAUACUACAGAGGUCAGAGGUCAGAGUUCAUAUUUGCCUGACCUUUGGCUUUUUUGUUAAGUGUGCAUGAGUUUAACUUGCUUAGGGUACUGAACCAAAGUUGUUAGAUCAAUCCUCGUCACGUUGUGUGCUGGGUAUUAAUGUUAAUAUGUGUACAGUACUAGCCUUUCUCACCGUGAUAUCCAUACAUACGAUGGCUUAGGUUUGAGAUGUCUUACUUUGUUUUUACAUCACACGAGGAAUUGGUUCAGAGGAAUGAUAGAACAGAGAAGUAUUAGCACAAGGAUCCAUUUUGGGGCAAUGGAAAAUGCAGAAAUACAAGAAUGUGAAUGUCAAAAACAUGUAUGUGAUGAGUUCAACACAGGGCGAGGGUGACAGAGUCCAGGGUUCGACAACAGAAUAGCAAAGGCCCGAUGGGAAGUUGUGGUUGCUAUGGCUGAGAUCCCGAGAAGGCCAGUGAGAGAGAGUCUGGUUGGUUGCAUUGGGGAAGCAGAGUAUUGAGGGCUGGUGAGAGGGGUUGCUGGGUAGGAGUCAGACCUGGACUCAAAUAAUAUUUCAAAUCUUACAAAUACUUUGAACAUUUGUUUUAGCCUGCCUGGAUUGCCAGAUGGGCUAUGUUUGCAGUUUAGCAAGUAUUACUUCCAUUGCGCCAGGCAAACUCAGGCAAGCCCAGCUAAAGUGUUUGAAAUGAUUUCUAAUAGUAUUUAAACCCAGAUCUGAGUAAGUGAAGGGCUACUAGAAAGAUUUGGGUUGGUAUGGGUAGGAACUGAGGAUGGCAGAGUGGUAGUGUGGCAUUCCUCAUGUUAAUUGGACUAAAAGAAUUAGCAUGUUGGCACUGAGCAGGUUGGUAGGAACAGUGGGUAGGAGUUACAUUGGCUACAUGGAUGCACACCUAACUAUGAUACAAGUUGUUGUGUUGUUGUUGUCUUGCAAAGAUAAAUGGAAGUGAUUUAGUCUUUUCUGCUCUGAGGGUUGUGUAGCACCUCUCAGCAGAGAGCGAGAGCCUGGAACGGAACAGAAAUGCUACAGUGUACACCUGGAAGGUCUUCCUAUGAAAUGGGCUUCAUUUGUUAACACUAUCUCUGUUUUGUCUUUGGAAUGUGUUCACAGACACCUCACCACCAGAAAGGGAUACCAGAUAUGUAGUAAGAGAACUGAUUGGCCUAUUGCUUCUAUGUGUUUGCUACUCAAUUUAACAUCCGUUUCAUUUUGUCUUAGCCAAUGAUAUAUGAAUAAUCUCUCUGUUAUAUGUUAUACUGUCCUCAUUAAGUGGGCACAUCAGAACUGCUUGUGGUUUUAGGAAGAGCCUUCCCCCUUAUCCCUUCAUAUCAUGCCAUAGUACUUGCAUUUGAAGUGAUUGUUUUAUUUUUAUGUUACCAUUGAACUUUUGAAAUGGCUGUAGGUACAGUAUAUAUUGUGUUAUUUUACAGAUAGUUGCAAUCGAGUGUUUUGAUGAUUUGUUAUUAGGCUCAUUUCUACUUUGAUUUGUAACUGGGAGUUGCUGUACGUUGAUGUUAAGUAUUCCUAGGAGGGUGUGUGUACCUGUGUAACGUGUUCAGGCACCGUUGACAAUAAUAAGGUUGUGAAGUUGAUGAUGAUCCAUUGGGGCCCUUAUAGGUACUGUAGGUCAUUUAGGCUUGAGUGGGUCAGACCCAGGUUUGCUCCUCAAACCAAACCUAAAACAACAGCAUCUUGGUACUUCACCAAUAUGCCACCGCGCUCCCUCCAACCGGCUCCACCAUGCAAGCCUUGGGGUCCUGGCAGUCAAAGAUGUGGUGUAGAGAUACCGUGUAGAGAUACCGUGUAGAGAUACCGUGUAGAGAUACCGUGUAGAGAUACCGUGUAGAGAUACCGUGCCGUAGGUAUACAUUGCUGGUUGCAUCAUUUUCUUUCUGUUCUGUGUCGUACCUUUGUUUGUACAUUUUUGUUCCGUUCCAUAAGGCCUGUGGGCCUAAGCACACACAUAAGAGAGAUGCUUUUCCACGCGAGAGUUUGGCGCCUCCAUAAAGGGGUAGACUACUGAAACAUUCCACUGCAGAGAGAAUCCGGCAUCCAUACUGCACACCCAACAGCCCCUAUAGCUCUCUGUUCACUUGUCAUUUGGG